CGCUACAGGUGAGGGAUAGCCGUAGCCAUUGAGGUGCGAGCUCGAUUAGGCCUGAAGGGUAACAGCUCAAUAUCCGAUGAGCUAUUCCCCUGUAUAGCGAGCUUUGGAACGUCAACGUGUGUGCUACAAUAGACCUGGAAGGAAACCCCAUGAGAUGCACCCCAGGACAGGAUUGUGCCCUUUUGAGGGACGAAGAAGGAGCUGCCAGAGCUGACCAAGGGCCCCGUCAUCUGCAAGCCGAUCAUGAACGCAGUAAAAACCGCUGGCCAGUACCCGAAGCCGGUUACAUUCGUUCCAGCUCGAAAAUCAUCCGACGCCGGCUCAUGGGCAAGAAAACCGUUCGCCCCAUGGCGUCCUACUCUCUCUGUCUCUCUCUCACCCUCUUUUCCUCAUGGCAUGCACGUGGCCAUGGGAAUUAAGGAAUGCUGAACGGCCGCAACGACCCCCCCCCCUCCCCUUCUAAGCAUUGUAUAUUAAUGUAUGUGUAGGUUUAAUAAAUUAAAUAAGUUCUAAUUUCUAGUGUUCUUGUCCCUUCCUAUGGAAGGAAAGAAAGAAAUCCAGACUUCUUCUUGGAUUGUUUCACUUUGUUUUCAUAAGUCUGGUUCGUGAGUCCUCCAAAGCAAGUAAGCCGUCAGACCCUGAGAAGAUAAUGCCAGAGCUAGUCGUUUCUAGCACACUUUAAAUCAACCUUAAAUUUACAUGUAAAAUAAUGAUUGCUCUAAAUACACCGUAUAUCUGCAUGCAAUAAAGCUUCAGCACCGUGGUUACUUGGGUCAUCUAUAAGAAAUGUGACAAGUUGGCAUGUGAGAACUUCCGAGCGAUCGCAAUUCCGAAUGCCGCCUACAUAGUGAUAUCCCAGAUCAUCUUCGUCGUCUUUCACUCAAAGCUAAUGAGUUUUUUUUGGGAAGUUAUCAAGCUGGCUUCGUUGAUGGUCGCUUGACAACAGCCCAAAUGUUCACCGUGUGGCAAAUCCUUUAAAAAUGCCACGAACAGCAGGUCCCAACGCGCACCACGUGUUCAUCAAUUUCAAGGCGGCGUACGACAGUAUCGACCGCAGAGAGCUAUGGAAAAUCAUGGACGAGAACGGCUUCUCCGAGGAGCUCAUAAAAUUGAUCAAAGCGACACGGUGAUGGACUCUCAUGCCAGCUGUUUAAUAUAGCGCUGGAAGGUGUUAUGCGACGAGCCGGGCUGAACAGCCGAAGCCCUAUUUUUACGAAAUCCGGCCAAUUUGUCUGUUUUGCGAAUGACAUGGAUAGCAUUGCUUGAACAUUUGGAACAGUGGCAGAAAUGUACACCCAAUUGAUGUACACCCGCCUUAAACAUAAAGCAGCAAGGGUCGAACUCACGGUGAACGCGUCGAAAACGGAGUUCAUGCUGGAAGAUGGAACCACGAACGACAGGGCAAGUCUAGGCAGCACUGUUACGAUAGACGGGGCUAUUUUCGAGGUGUUGGAGGAAUGCAUGUACCUCGGGUCCUUAUUAACAUCAUCAGUGGAAGUCGUGCCUGCUAUGUGCUCCGCAAGAAUCUGCGGUCGAAAAAGUUUCACUAUCGCACCAAAUGUACCAUGUUUAAAACGCUGAUAAGACUGGUAGUUCUCUACGAGCACGAGAAGUGGACUAUCCUGCAGGGCAUGUCGGAAAACGACUCUGCAAAGCUGGUGUUCGCAAGAGAUCCGGAUGGUACAAGAAGACCUGGAGGGCAGCGUGCAAAGUGGGCGGAACAGGUGCAGAACGAUCUGGCAAGGAUGGGACGCGGCCGAGGAAGGAGGACUGCAGCCACGAACCGAGUAUUGUGGCGACGAAUUGUUGAUUCAGUUUUAUUUUAUUAUGAUUGUAAUGUAAUGCUAAAUAAAUGAAUGAAAUUUUUCAAGUCGACUACGUCGACAAUGAACCAGAUCUUAACCAUACGGUAAAGCUACCGCAAAAAACGUGAAUAUCUAGCUCCAAAGCAGUAGCAGUUCAUCGACUUCAAGGUGUCAUACGACAGUACCGACCAAAGCUAUGGAAAAUCAAGGAAAAGAUCAAAGCAACGAUGGACGAUGUGCGGAACUAUGUAAGGAUACAGGACAAUAUACGUCGCGCUCUCGAUCGAUCAAGCGGUUGAUUCGAUAAGUAGACAAAACAGAAGGAGCGUCCACUAUAACAAUGAUUUUCACCUGAGACGUUUUCACAAGUUCCUGCCUCAUGCAUCCAAUCAACGGUAAAUUCUUCUCAGGUAUAAUCAACGUCAGCCCAUAUCGCAGUGCUAAUAUAGAUUCGGAUCACUACCUAGUCACUGUAUGCGUGAGCUAAAAACUUUGGUUACCACGCGUCGAAGUCGCGUCUUAACAUCGACCUGUUGCGAAACGUAGAAAUGGUUCAUGAUUGCAGCAACAGUUGGCAGAGGCAAGACCAACGCAUUGCAACGGAAGUUUGGCGCAGCUACUCUUGAAGAAGGCUGCAGGAACAUCCGAUCCGUCAUACCAUUGCAGAAACAACUGAUACAACGGUGAAUGUGAACAGUCAAAAAACGAAACGAGAAGAAUGCAGCAUGGAUGAGAAUGUUGGAACAUCGUACGAGAGCGAGUAAGACACGUUUUAGGCAGGCACGUGCAAGCAGAACUCUAUCUUCCGGAGGACAGGAAAGAAUGCAAUGUACCGUGCUAGGGACACACAAAAGUACUACGAGAAGCUGGACCGCUCGUGCUAAGCCGUUACGUUACAAGUCAACAUGUGCCAAAACAAUCACGGGAAUCUACUCACGAGCGAACAUGAGGUGGUGGAAAAGUGGCGACAGUGUUAUGAUGAGCACCUUAAUGGCGACGUUGCAAGCACCGAAGGUGGCGUGGUAUCUGAAGUCCGUGCGGAGGAUGAAAGACUUCAGACCCCAGACUUUUAAGAUUGAAGAGGUUGAAACCAGUUUAAAAAAAGCCACUGGAGCAAAUCCACUACCAAGCGAGCUUCUAAAAUACGGGGGAGCAGCACUGGUUAAAGCACUACCAUGGAUCAUUAUCAAGAUUUGGGAGGAGGAAGUAUUACCGUAGAAAUGGGUGGAAGGUGUCGCGUAACCUAUAUACAAAGAGGGCGGCAAGGUGGAUUGCGUGAUCACACUACUAAGCGCUGCGUACAAGAUACUCUCUCAAAGUUUAGCAGGCAAUAUCAGGCUGGAUUCAUGGGUGAACGCGCUACAACGGAUCAGCUACUCGUCAUCCGCCAGGUGUCGCAGAAAUGCCACGAAUACAACGUGCCAACACGUACGAUACAAUCGAUCGAUAUCAACUAUGACCGAUUCUGCUCAAAUACGGAUUCCCGGAUAAACUGACACAAUUGAUUGUAUAUAGUUAGAGUUUCAGGGGCACUCUCGAGUCCUUUCGAAUCUCGUAGAGGGUUACGGCAAGGUGAUGGUAUUUCGUGCUUGCUGUUUAACCUCGCCUUAGAUACUGUAAUAAGGAUAGCGGGAAUAUACACGAGUGAUACGAUUUUCACGAAGUCCGUUUAGCUACUUGGCCGCGCUGAUGAUAUUGAUAUUGUAGCUCACAAAUUUGAGACUAUGGCGAAUACGUACAUCUGGAUCAGACUAAAGGAGGCGGUUGAAGAAUUCGUGUACUUGGGCACACCAGCGACACCAGCAGAGAAAUUCAGAGUCGCAUUGUGGCACGAAGUCGAGCUUACUUUGGACUCCGUAGAACUCUACGAUCGAACAAAGUUCGCCAUCGCGCGAUGCUAGCCAUCUAGAGAACGAUGAUUAGAACGGUAGAUCUCUAUGGGCAAACAGUAUGGACUAUGCGUGCAGAGGGUUAACACGCGGUGACGUGGAGAAGCCGAAUGAACCACGAGGUGCAUCAGCUGCUAAGAGAUCCGGCUAUUAUUCACGCCGCAAGAAUCGGGAGGCUACGGUGGACGGGGCACGUCACCAAGAUGUCAGAUGACAAAAUAAAAAUGAUAAUCGAAAACAAUCUGAAUGGAUCGCAUCGAUAGUGAUGGAUCGAUCAAGUGGAGGAUGAUUUGCGGACCCUUCGCAGAGCACGUGGCUGGAGACGCACAGCCAUACGCUGUUAUAUACUGCUACACGCUCAGUGUUGGAGUCAGGUAUUAAGAUGGAUGAAAACGUGCCUCAUGAUCCGACCUACUGAUACGUGAGGGUAUUAAGAUAGGUAUCAACGGUAUCUGUAGAAGUGAAACUAUCAUAACCUGUGAUAAGAAGUCAAAUUCUUGGACGCAUAACAAUAUCAAAAAGUUGAAAUAGAUAUUCGUGCGGUCGCAAGCCUGAAAAAACCAUCCGAUUUUAUCUGCGAAAACAGAUUUUUUUUCUCAUACAUAUUAUAUAUACAUAUGUUUGAAGUGGAAAUGGAAAUCUUAAGCAAAUGUCAAGUCAUUUGCGCUAACUCAUAGAAAGACGAAAAAUGCAAAAAAAAAAAACUUUUGGAAACUUUACUUGAAAUUCAAAUCUAAAAAUGUCCCAUGAAAUUCGUUAGUUUAAGGCACAAAUUUUGCAUUUGAACCAGUCUAAAUGAUGAUCGUUUAGGUGUUUGCGUAACAAUCAAGCUGCCUUUGGAUAUGGGGGUCGUCUUGAUCUGAGAGUCUGGAUAUGUAGAGUCAAAACAGCGCAGCGUAGCAGGCGGCCUACAAACGAUCGUGGUUGACGUUUCCGGUGCGCGCACUGUGUAUCAUUUCAGGCUGAUAAAGAUCAACAUUUUUCAAAAAGAAAAUGAAAUGGAAUAAUGCAGAUUGCAUCCGUUGAUUGGAGCGUAGGGACGAUUUUGCGAGUUUAUUUGAACGUUGUUUUGGUAUUGCUGCUUGGUAUGAUCAUGAACAGUGUGCAGGUGAUGAGUGACACUGGGCCUGUGGAUGAUCGACCAGUCUACGGAACCGUAUUGUACAACAGCGUGGGCAGAUGUUUCGAUGCGAAUGAUCCGAGAAUGAUGGAAGCUAAGCGGAUAUUUCAGGAUCUCAUGCCGUAUCGUAAGAAACGGUUCGACCCGUUGUCCGACGAAGUUGUCCAAAGUCUCCUGUUGUACUUCACUUCCGCCAGCAGAGUGGUAGAUAGGUUGAUAACCCAGAACGAUAUAGUCGUAGCUGCUUGGUACGAUACGGCUGGAGAUUACCUACAUAGCUAUCUGUACCCGGUGACGAAAUAUUGCUUUUAUUCCGGCAAUGUAAGUUACUCGUCUGUAAAGACUGUCCAAGAGUACUACAAACAAGUCAAACUUCGUCUUGAUACGGAUGGUUAUGGUUGGUCUCAUCCCAACUUAGAUACCAGCGGCAUUCGGUCGUCUGUUCAGGUUCUUAAAACCUACCAGAACUUCACGAAGUGCACGGAGUUGGAUUACAACUCUAGCAUGGAAAUACCUUUGCCAAAGCUUGAGAUCGAUGACGAUUCCCAAGAAGCGAUAUCUUUAUGGGUUCCACUGAAAUCAAGACAGGUAUAUGAUCCCCGGACAAAAGGCUCACUCUCGGUACUCAGAAUAUAUGUGGAAACCGUUCUACAAUGCGCAUCCAGUGGGAUACAAACCAAUCAGUUUGCUACCCAGUUCAUACAAUGGAUCGAAGCAAAUUUGACGAAAUGUCUCAUGGAUGCCGCUUUUUAUCCUGGUUUGGAGUCGAUUCUACGGAUCAAGAGGACGUUGGAAACGGAGGUUGCCAUUAAAUCAGUGCGAAAGAAAUCCAUAUUACAGGACGAAAACGAAUCGAGUUCUGGGUUGAUGAGAUUGGUGGAUAGCUUGUUAGGAUCGGACGAACCAGCGGAAGCAGGUAGUAAUGACCAAGACGAAACAACGGAAGAUGAACGACGCUGGACGCGAAUAAAACUCUUAACGGCAACGGUCUUCUUUGCGAUAUUCUUUCUGGUUCUGUGCGUUGUCAUAUCGGUCAAGCUAAGGAUGAAUCGCAAAGCUAUGAAACGGAAAGCAGCCGUCAAAAAGGAACAUUUCAAGCCAUGGGAACGUAGGAAAUAUCCCAAAGGAAGAGGCGAUCGAUCAGACGAGGAGGUGCUGCUAAUGAUGGAAAAACGAAAUGCAUCUGAAACUAGUGAGAGUGGGUGGCGCCACGUGAGGCCCAAACUGUUGCGACAGGACAGAGCCGAACCUCAACCAAAACCCUCAACUAGCCGACAAAUUCCACCGUUCUCCGACACGGAAGAGGAUGAAUUUAUCCCCUUCCAACCGAAGCAGUUUUCUUCGGAGAAGGUUCCACUCAUAGCGAAAUCAAGCCCGAAGAAAAAGGGGCGCUGCGGACGGGGAUGCUUGUGCAUGAGCUGCAUUAGGAAGCCGAAGAACGGUCACGAGGUUCAGGAUUUGCAGAAUAGCUCAGCGUACAAGUUGGCCAGCAAAAAGGCGGAUCAGAAAGCGGGACCAACGAAGACGGAUCAACCAGUAACGAUCAAUUCCAAACCCUCGUUGGGCAAAAUCUAGAUCAAGCAAUCGCUUGAAAUAACAGGUGAAGGUGAAUGUGUGCAUGAUGAUCUUGAAUCAGCGUGUUUGCCAUGAAAGCUUAAAAUACUAAAAAAAACAAAAAAAAACUUAACUACAAGUAAUUUGCGUCGAUACAAAAAUAAGCACAAUGCGCGACAUUUGCAGUUUGUCAUAUUUUUUAUCAUAUAUUUUAGUUCAGUCGCACGUUGAAUAUAUUUAUUAUUUGUGGGGUUUUCUAUAUUCAAAGCGAGAAGCAGCAUAUUAAGUAAAAUAUAAAUGUUUGUACCAUAGAUAUUGAAUUGGUGUUUUCUAUUUCUCUGCCAAAAAAACCAUGUUCCCAACAAAUCUUAUUAGCACCAUAGUUAAUUAACAUAUUCGCAGAGGUGUUUCCUUCUUUGGAACAGAUUCGGGCUAGUGACAUUCGGGCUACCUAGUGUCGUUUAGGGCGUUCAGAGAUUCCAUGGGGUUUCAGGUUAUUUACAUGAGAUUUUCAGGGGGAUUUAUGGGUUUCAGGGUGUUUCUGAUGGGUUCCUGGGUUAUUUUAGAAGUAUUUCAGAAUGUUUCACGACCAUUCAGAGGAUUUCAGUGGAGCUUCUGGAGUUUUAAGGGGUUUGAGGGUGUUUAAGUGCGUUUCAGAAAGCUUCAAGAGGUUUUCAGUGGCAUUUCAGGGUGCCUCAGGGGGUUUCCGAGAAGCUUUAGUGGGCAUUAGGGAGUUUCAGGGAGUUUCAAAGAGUACCAAGGAAAUUUCAAAGAUUUUGGAAGGGUUUUUGAGGGGUUUCAGGAAGGUUUUUAGGGUCGUUUUUUAGCGUAUCAGAGAUGUUUGAGGUGAUAUUGGGAUGUACAGGGGAUUUUCAGGGAUACUUCAGUGCGUUCUCUGGAUAAGCUGAAUCGGUUGAUCAAGGCGACGAUGGAUCGAGUGAUGUGCGUAGUUCGAGUAUCAGGGAAACUUUUGAGUCCCUUUUGAGUCUCGUAGAGGGUUACGGCAAGGUGAUGGUCUUUCGUUCUCGUAUACAUGACGGUUAAGGGCUCUAGGGAGGAAUUAUCACGCCCGCCACUUAAAAUUUCUAUCGAUGGUGAUAAAAUCGAGGCGGUAGAAGAGCUCGUGUGCUUGGGCUCACUGGUGACCGCAGAUUACGACACCAGCAGAGAAAUUCAGAGACGCAUUGUGGCAAGAAAAUCAGCUUACUUUGAACUCCGCAAAAUUCUACGAUCGAACAAACUUCGCCGUCACACGACGUUAACUAUCUAUAAAACGCUAAUUAGACAGGAAGUCCUCAAUAGGCACGACUAUACGAGCAGAAUGAAUUUCAGAGGUGGUUCAGGUUUUCAGGAGCGGUUUAAAUCGCUUUUAGGGGCAUCAGGAGACUUUAGGGGCAUUCACCCUCCUGAAGGUUUGAAAGGGAUUUCAGGAGCGUUUUAAGUUUUAACAAAACUGUUUUAGAGGCAUAUAUAAGGGCUCUGAAUAAAUGUGGAAGUUGGGUGAGGUUUUAGGGAGUUUUCAAGGAAAUUUCAAGGAGUUUGAAUCUAAAGGGGUGCAGGGCAGUGUUGCGAAUACUCACUAGUAAAAAAUUAUACUCACUUGCUUCUAUCUCAGUCCAGAAGCAUGCUAUCAAAAAAUGAUGUUUGAAGGGGUUUUAGAUUGUAGUUUAAUCUAAAAGUUUGCCGAAUAAAGUAAAGGUCGCAGACGCAUACCAAAACCGUGAGAGAGCUGUGAGUACAAGGUGAGUAUAAAUUACACGAAUUUUACUCACCUCGUACUCACAGCCCUCUCAUAGCUUUGGUAUGCGUCUGCGACCUUUACUUUAUUCGGCAAACUUUUAGAUUAAACAACAAUCUAAAAGCCCUUCUAGCAUCAUUUUUUGAUAGCAUGCUUCUGGACUGAGAUAGAAGCAAAUGAGUAUGACUCUUGCAAGUGAGUAUUCGCAACACUGGUGCAGGGUGUUUCAAGGUAUUUCAGGUGACCCUUCCAAAAUCUCCUGGAGCCCUCCUGAAACGUCAAUGAAACCUCCUGGAAGACGUCCCUUUCACGUUCGCCUGAAACUCCUGGGUGUAAACCUUUUCGGUCCCAUUUCAAACCUUCAGGGAUCAAAACUUCAGCUUGCAUACUAAGUUUAUCUCAUUUGAAGUACUGACUUAAUUUAUUGACUCGCUCUUCGUAUGCUCUAAUGUACAUUUACAAUUUAUGUAAAAAGAGGUUCUAGUGUAUCACAUUUCCAGGAAAUCAAUUUUCCGAAAUGAAAUUUUCUGGAGCUACAUUUUCUAAAAUGAAACACUUCCCGGAAUGAUCAUUCCCUCGGAACGAGAUUUCAAUAUCUUUUUAAAGAUCUUGAUAUUGUCAUAAAUAUAUUACUUCCGGAAAAUGGCACUCCUUGAAUUAUUUUCCGGAAAACGGGUAAUUCUCCUAAUGUCACUUCGAGAAACGGCAUUCCACAAAAAAAAAUAGGAUGUGAUGCCAUUUGUCAACCAUACCAUUACUAAUCGGUUCUAUCUGUACACUUAGCCCGAAAUUUACUUGCCCCAAUCAAGGAUGGGAUCAUUCAUGUGCAAUCAGUUACAUUCACUUGCUUUUAACUCGCUUCAGAAACAUCGUAGCAAAAAUCAAUGUAUGGAACACAUUUUCAUUUUUGUUUUACCUAACACUUUGUAGAACAAUGUACUAGCGUAGAACCAAUAAUUAGGUCAACAGAAACCAGCAAACGCAACUCUCCACGGCGUAAUUUACAUUCACGGCAUGGAGAGUUGCCUUCACAGCUCGUUCACGACUUUGGUAUGAGUGUGCGACCCUAAUGUCUUUCGGCAAACUUUCUGAUAAAACUACAAGGUUAAUUUCAUCCAUACAUUGUUUUUUGAUAGCAUGCUUCUGAAAUGAGAUACUUAGUAGCAAGUGAAUGUAAUUCUUUGCAAAUGAAUGAUCCCAUCCCUGGCCCCAAUGACACUAGCCCAAAUGUAACAUUAGUCGAAAUGAUAGAUACUUCGACAAAAAUUGAUUCUUCGUUCAAAUUCUUCUAUGGCACAAACAUAAAAAUUAUAAAAAUAUCCAAUUGCAGUUCAAACCAGUUAUUGUGCAUUUCGUUUUUUGAAAAAUUGAUAUGUGUACUGGGAUGGGUCAUUGUUAUCGUAUUGUUUUUACUGACCAAGGCUUUAUUUGGUAACAUUUGAGGGCGAUCGGUUGCGUUUAAGCUUUGCGCAUUGCAAUUUGAAAUUUGAAUAGGAUUUUUCUUCGCAAAACCUGUCGAAACAUAUUUUUUAUAUCUGUCUCGUGAGAGAAUUUCAUUUGUGUAAAAGCACUGCGGAUGUCCCAAAAAAAAACUUUGACAAAUGUCAUUUUUCACGUGAUACACAAUACUGGAUUUGAUUGAACAGAAAAUCAAGUAAGCGCGUGAAUUUGCUGCAUCACUCUUUGGACGUGAGGUACCGAUUCCAUCGUAAACCAUUGCGAUUGAGACGUUGUGCUAUUUUUCUGUAUCUUACAUCGCAAAUUAUGAACAACAGAAGAACCAAAACUCUCAUCAUCGAGAAACAAUAAUCAAACAAUCAUAUCCAUAAAUAGC